AUGGCGGUGCACUACUGCGGGCUCUGCCGCCGCACCUCCUUCUCCGGCCGCCGGCACCUGUACAGCGCCGCGCACCGGCGGCGGCUGCGGGAGGCGCUGGGCCGGCUGCAGGAGGAGGUGGCGGCGGCGCGGGCGGCGGCGGCGGGCGGCGGGGAUGAUGAUGAUGAUGAUGAUGGCGGCGCGGCCGUGCGGCCUUACGACCCGGCGGAGCACGACCGGCGCGUCUGGUGCCUGUGCUGCGGACGCGGCGUGCGGCGGGACGGGCGGCGGGGCGGGCUGGCGCUGCCGCAGGCCGGCUUCCUCCAGCACUUGGCCGGGCCCGAGCACCGCCGGGAGACGGCGCGGUUCUGGCGGGAGAACAGGGCAGAGGCGGCGCUGCGGGAGCGGUUCCUGGUGCCGGCCGAGGAGUACGAUCGCUUCGCCCGGGCGCUGGAGCGGGCGCUGGACGCGCACCAGCGGCGGGAGGAGGAGCGCAUCCGUCAGAUAGCGGCCGGCAUCCGGGAAGCCGAGCGCAGGCAGCGGGAGACGGUGCAGGCCGCCCUGCAGCUUCAAACAGAGCCGGAGCUUUGCGCAGGACCUUCUGUCUGCAGCCCCCCCGCAGGACCCGAAAGGGACCCCUCUCACGAUGCGGAGCAGCCUGGCCCGAGUGGGAUGCAGACAGGACCCGACUUAAACUGGAUGGAAUCAGGCCAGGCUUUGACCUUCAUCGGCCACCAGGAAACAGAAGGGAAAGGAAAUGUUCACACAGGAGCAAAACCUCCGUGGCUAACAGAGGAAGAGGAUGGAAGUAAACAAGAAAUCGGACCUUCGUACGAGGAAUUUCUCAAACAAAAGGAGAAGCAGAAGCUGAGAAAGCUCCCGGCGGAGCGCGUUGGUGCCAACUUCGACCAUACCUCUCAGACAGGCGACAGCUGGCUCCCUUCCUUCGGGCGGGUUUGGAACCACGGCAGGAGGUGGCAGUCCAGGCAUCAGUUUAGAACUGAAUCAGGGGAAAAGAAGAAAAAAAGGUGAUCAGAAGCGGGGCACCGAAGAAACCAAGCUCUGGCUGUUGCGGAAAGGUGGACUGUUAGGUAGCUGCAGCUUUGUCGGUGCUGCCGCCGCCGCGUUUAGCACUCUUAUUUAAUAUAUAGAUCUGGAUUGAGUUCAGUCGCCUGGAGGGCAUGGCGACCGCCGCACGGUGCCGAGCUGAGCGCCGUUGCUGACAGGUACGCUGCCGGGGGGGUGUCGCAGCGGAUCCACCGCCCCUGUAACGGACACGCAGCGUGUAUCUGCGCAUCGAUUUCUGCAGCUACGCAAGGGCAGGUCCCGCCAGCAAGGGCGGGCUCCUGCCCGGGCCAUGUCUUCAUCAUCGGAAAGCCUAGCUGAUACAGCGCGUGCUGCCAGCGUCCUACGCUGACGUGUAGCAUGACAUCCCAUUAAAGAAAUAAAUUUUU